GGAAACGAGCCCGUGCUUGCGUCAUUACGGCCGUGUGAAGCAGUGACGAGCACAGAGGGAUCCGGACAUGGCGUACGCUUACCUUUUUAAGUACAUUAUCAUCGGCGAUACCGGAGUUGGGAAAUCAUGCCUUCUAUUGCAGUUUACAGACAAGAGGUUCCAACCUGUACAUGACUUGACAAUUGGCGUAGAAUUCGGUGCACGGAUGAUAACCAUUGAUGGCAAGCAAAUUAAACUUCAGAUAUGGGACACUGCUGGUCAGGAGUCCUUCCGUUCCAUCACAAGAUCGUACUACAGGGGUGCAGCAGGGGCUUUAUUAGUUUAUGAUAUUACAAGGAGAGACACAUUCAACCAUCUUACAACCUGGCUUGAAGAUGCUCGCCAGCAUUCAAAUUCAAACAUGGUGAUUAUGCUGAUUGCCAAUAAGAGUGAUUUAGAGUCGCGGAGGGAAGUUAAAACAGAAGAAGGUGAAGCAUUUGCGAGGGAACACGGACUCAUCUUUAUGGAAACCUCUGCAAAAACAGCUUCUAACGUGGAGGAGGCAUUUAUAAACACGGCAAAGGAAAUCUAUGAAAAAAUCCAAGAAGGCGUCUUCGACAUUAACAAUGAGGCAAACGGGAUUAAAAUUGGACCACAACACUCGACACCUGGAUCACCCGGGUCACAUCUUGGAGGACAGCAGGCCGGAGGAGGCUGCUGUUGAACCAUCUUUCCUUCCAACAAGAGCCUACUAAGGCCAUUAUUGUUCAUAGGCCAUCUUUUACCUUCUCUCUGUCCCUGCCCUACCCUUCCCAUGCAGAAUUUCAAUGUUCACUAAAAAAAAAAAAAAAGACAUAUUUUGAAAAUUGUAUUCAUACUGUAUCUAUUUGCUUUUUGAUUUCUAGGUUUAUUGAUUGUGAUUGUUAUUAAAUGUUGUCUUGGUCCCUUGACUAAAAACUGAAUUGUAUUAAACACUAAACGUUU